CCAACUAACCUAAUGCCUGUCUGUCUAAUUUCCUUAUAAAUUUAUCAACAUUUCCUUAUAAGAAAUAGGAUUUACCCUUUCCAUUUAUAGUAAGCAGAAAUUUAAAAAAAAAGGAAAAAGGAAAAAGGAAAAAAAGGGUUGGGUUCUGGCAAUGAAUAAGCAUGAUCGAGCGCACCAAAACCAAGAACUAACAAGAAAAUUACACAGCCGCAAUAGCCAAAGCCGAAGCCAAAAACCGAGGCUUUGCCUUUUGCUUUGCUUGCGUUAAUUCAAAGCAUAAAAUCCUACAGAGCUCGCUACUCUACUCUGCUCUGCAACUAUUUGCGCAACGUCUAUAUUUAUUGUCGUAAUUUUUCUCAUCGUCUACGGUCCGGCCCCGAGAGCUUAGGUGCCUUGAAGAUCUGAUUGGAUACGGAGAGAGAGAGGUGUUGGGUGUUUAGGGUUUGGGGAGCCUCAGCGAGAUGGCGGUCUCGGGGCAGUCCAUCAGGUUCUGCGGCCCCGCCUCUGCCGGACCCAGCGGAGGCAGUUUCGACGCGCUCAAUCGCGUCCUUGCUGACCUCUGCACCCGAGGCAACCCCAAGGAGGGGGCUUCAUUAGCUUUGAAGAAGCAUCUGGAAGAAGAAGCCCGUGACCUCAGUGGAGAAGCAUUUUCCCGUUUCAUGGAUCAGUUGUAUGAUCGGAUUUCAUCUCUUCUGGAGAGCAGUGAUGUUGCGGAGAACUUAGGAGCUCUAAGAGCUAUUGAUGAGUUGAUAGAUGUGGCAUUUGGAGAGAAUUCCUCAAAGGUUUCAAAGUUUGCUAAUUACAUACGGACUGUGUUUGAGGUAAAGCGUGAUCCUGAUAUUUUGGUCCUAGCUAGUAGAGUUCUGGGCCAUCUAGCCAGAGCAGGGGGAGCGAUGACUGCAGAUGAAGUGGAACGCCAGAUAAAAAUUGCUCUCGGGUGGUUGCGUGGGGAUAGAGUCGAGUAUCGACGUUUUGCUGCUGUCUUGAUCUUGAAAGAAAUGGCAGAAAAUGCUUCAACAGUGUUCAAUGUUCAUGUACCUGAAUUUGUUGAUGCUAUUUGGGUUGCUUUGAGGGAUCCAAUGUUGCCUAUUCGAGAGCGAGCUGUGGAAGCUCUGCGUGCUUGCCUUGGUGUUAUUGAGAAACGUGAGACACGCUGGCGUGUGCAAUGGUAUUAUCGUAUGUUUGAGGCCACUCAGGAAGGGUUGGGUAAAAAUGCUUCUGUUCACAGCAUACAUGGUUCUUUACUUGCAGUUGGAGAGCUUUUGAGGAAUACAGGUGAAUUUAUGAUGUCAAGGUACAGAGAAGUUGCAGAAAUUGUCCUUAGAUAUCUUGAGCACCGCGAUAGGCUGGUUCGCCUGAGCAUAACUUCGUUGCUACCUCGAAUUGCUCAUUUUCUGCGCGAUCGAUUUGUCACAAACUACUUAACGAUAUGCAUGAAUCAUAUUCUUGCUGUUUUGCGAAUACCGGCUGAGCGCUCCAGUGGUUUUGUUGCCCUUGGGGAGAUGGCUGGUGCUUUGGACGGGGAACUUGUCCACUAUUUGCCGACAAUUACGUCUCACUUACGUGAUGCAAUUGCUCCACGUAGAGGUAGACCCUCGCUUGAGGCUUUGGCUUGUGUUGGAAACAUUGCAAAAGCAAUGGGGCCUGCUAUGGAACCUCAUGUUUGUGGUCUUUUGGAUGUUAUGUUCUCUGCUGGCCUUUCCCCUACGCUUGUUGAGGCCCUUGAGCAGAUAACUACCAGUAUUCCAUCCUUGCUGCCUACCAUCCAAGAUCGGUUGCUUGACUGCAUUUCGGUGGUUCUUUCAAAAUCCCAUCAUCCUCAGGGAAGGUCAGCUGUUGGCAUGGGUAGAGGAAAUUUAAUAAAUAUGCCUCAGCAAGUCUCGGACCUCAGUGGUUCAGCCCUCGUGCAGCUUGCUUUGCAGACUCUAGCUCGUUUUAAUUUCAAGGGCCAUGACCUUCUUGAGUUUGCAAGAGAAUCAGUGGUUGUAUAUUUGGAUGAUGAUGAUGGAGCCGUCCGAAAAGAUGCUGCCCUCUGUUGUUGCAGAUUAGUUGCAAAUUCCUUUUCUGGUGUGCAAUAUGCUUCGGGUAGGUCCAAUCGAGGAAAGCGACGACGUCUUGUUGAGGAGAUUGUGGAAAAGCUUCUCAUCGAAGCUGUUGCAGAUGCUGAUGUUAUUGUUCGCCAUUCGAUCUUUUCCUCUCUGCAUGGGAAUAGAGGUUUUGAUGAUUUUUUGGCGCAGGCUGAUAGUCUGAGCGCAGUUUUUGCUGCUUUAAAUGAUGAGGAUUUUGACGUUCGAGAGUUUGCAAUUUCUGUGGCUGGGAGGUUGUCAGAAAAAAAUCCUGCUUAUGUCCUUCCAGCACUUCGUCGCCAUCUCAUACAGUUGUUAACUUACCUGGGGCAGAGUGCAGAUACCAAAUGCCGGGAAGAAAGUGCGAAGUUACUUGGUUGUUUAAUACGGAAUUGUGAACGGCUAAUACUUCCAUAUAUUGCUCCAAUACACAAGGCACUCGUAGCAAGACUUAAAGAUGGCACCGGUGUCAAUGCAAAUAAUGGCAUUAUUAGUGGAGUUCUUGUAACUGUUGGGGAUCUUGCUAGAGUGGGUGGUUUUGCAAUGCGAAGAUACAUUCCGGAGCUUAUGCCUUUGAUUGUUGAUGCUUUAUUGGAUGGAGCAGCUGUCACAAAACGGGAAGUGGCAGUCGCCACUCUUGGUCAAGUUGUACAGAGCACUGGGUAUGUAAUAACUCCAUACAAUGAGUAUCCACUGUUACUUGGCUUACUCUUGAAGUUGCUGAAUGGUGAAUUAGCAUGGUCUACAAGACGUGAAGUACUAAAGGUUCUUGGAAUUAUGGGUGCUUUAGACCCUCAUGCGCAUAAACGAAAUCAGCAAUGCUUGCCUGGGCCACAUGGAGAUGUUACACGUAAUGCCAGUGAAUCUGGUCAACACAUUCAAUCUGUGGAUGAAUUGCCUAUGGACUUGUGGCCAUCAUUUGCAACAUCUGAAGAUUAUUAUUCCACGGUUGCAAUCAAUUCUCUCAUGCGUAUACUUAGGGACCCUUCACUUGCUACUUACCACCUAAAGGUGGUCGGAUCCCUUAUGUUUAUAUUCAAGUCGAUGGGUCUUGGUUGUGUUCCAUACUUACCAAAGGUUUUGCCUGAUCUCUUCCAUAUAGUCCGUACAUGUGAUGAUGCUUUAAAGGAUUUUAUAACAUGGAAGCUUGGAACUCUAGUAUCUAUUGUGCGUCAGCACGUUCGGAAGUAUCUGCAUGAGUUACUCAUUCUAAUUUCAGAACUAUGGUCAACCUUCAGUUUUCCUGCUGCUGGCCGUCCUCAACUUGGCUAUCCAGUUCUGCAUCUAGUGGAGCAACUUUGCUUAGCUCUCAAUGAUGAAUUCCGAACAUACCUUCCUGAUAUUCUUCCAUGUUGUAUUCAAGUUCUAAGUGAUGCAGAACGGUAUAAUGAUUAUACUUAUGUUCUUGACAUCCUCCGUACCCUUGAAGUGUUUGGUGGAACAUUGGAUGAACAUAUGCAUCUGCUUCUUCCUGCACUGAUUCGCUUGUUUAAAGUGGAUGCUUCAGUGGAUAUAAGACGUGCUGCUAUCAAAACUUUGACAAAAUUGAUCCCUCGUGUGCAGGUUACUGGUCACAUAUCUUCUCUUGUGCAUCACUUGAAGUUAGUCUUAGAUGGGAAGAAUGAUGAGCUCCGGAAAGAUGCUGUUGAUGCGCUUUGUUGUCUAGCUCAUGCCCUUGGGGAGGACUUUACCAUUUUUAUCCCAUCAAUACACAAACUUCUGUUGAAACAUCGCUUACGGCAUAAAGAAUUCGAGGAAAUCGAAGGUCGUUUGCAGCGACGAGAACCGCUAAUUUUGGGGAGCACAGCUGCUCAAAGAUUAAGUCAGCGACCUCCAGUGGAGGUUAUCACUGACCGUUUGAGUGAUUUGGAGAUUGACCCUUAUGAUGAUGGGUCUGAUGUGCAGAAACAACUCCGAAGCCAUCAGGUUAAUGAUAGUCGGUUACGCAAUGCUGGAGAGGCUUCUCAACGCAGUACCAAAGAAGAUUGGGCAGAAUGGAUGAGACAUUUUAGUAUUGAGCUUCUCAAGGAGUCUCCUUCUCCUGCCCUACGAACUUGUGCAAGGCUUGCACAGUUGCAGCCAUUUGUUGGGCGCGAGUUAUUUGCAGCGGGUUUUGUUAGCUGUUGGGCACAGCUAAAUGAGACUAGUCAGAAACAGUUAGUUCGGAGUUUGGAGAUGGCAUUUUCAUCUCCUAAUAUUCCUCCUGAAAUUUUGGCAACACUUCUUAAUUUGGCAGAGUUCAUGGAACAUGAUGAGAAACCUCUUCCUAUAGACAUUCGCCUGCUUGGUGCUCUUGCGGAAAAGUGUCGUGCGUUUGCCAAGGCCUUGCAUUACAAAGAAAUGGAAUUUGAAGGAGCACGCUCCAAGAAGAUGGAUGCCAACCCUGUUGCUGUAGUUGAAGCACUCAUACAUAUAAACAACCAGUUACACCAGCAUGAGGCUGCAGUUGGAAUAUUGACCUAUGCCCAACAACAUUUGGAUGUUCAACUAAAAGAGUCAUGGUAUGAGAAGUUGCAACGAUGGGAUGAUGCUCUCAAGGCCUACACCGCAAAAGCCUCCCAAGCAUCGAGUUCACAUCUUGUUUUGGAUGCCACUUUAGGUCGGAUGCGAUGCCUUGCUGCUUUGGCACGAUGGGAGGAGCUUAACAACCUGUUCAAGGAAUUUUGGACCCCAGCUGAGCCGGCUGCUAGAUUGGAAAUGGCACCAAUGGCUGCAAGGGCUGCUUGGAACAUGGGGGAGUGGGAUCAAAUGGCAGAAUAUGUGUCUCGGUUAGACGAUGGUGAUGAAACCAAACUUAGGGGUUUGGGGAACACUGCUGCUAGUGGUGAUGGAAGCAGUAAUGGCACAUUCUUUAGAGCUGUUUUGUUAGUUCGAAGAGGAAAGUAUGAUGAAGCACGGGAGUAUGUGGAGAGAGCUAGGAAAUGCUUGGCAACAGAGCUUGCUGCUUUGGUUUUGGAGAGCUAUGAACGUGCAUAUAUCAAUAUGGUCCGUGUUCAGCAGCUAUCAGAACUUGAGGAGGUCAUUGAUUAUUGCACACUUCCUCUGGGGAACGCUGUUGCUGAGGGACGACGAGCCCUUAUUCGCAAUAUGUGGAAUGAGCGGAUACAAGGUGCAAAACGUAAUGUUGAGGUAUGGCAAGCUCUUUUAGCAGUUAGAGCACUUGUUCUACCUCCUACAGAAGAUGUUGACACUUGGCUUAAGUUUGCUUCCCUUUGUCGGAAAAGUGGGCGAAUUAGUCAGGCUAGAUCUACUUUAGUCAAACUCUUACAGUAUGAUCCUGAAUCAUCUCAUGAAAGCGUGCGGUACCAUGGGCCUCCACAAGUGAUGCUUGCAUAUUUGGAAUAUCAAUGGUCACUUGGAGAGGACCUUAAGCGCAAGGAAGCGUUUGCAAGGCUUCAGAAUUUGGCAAUAGAGCUUUCAAGUGCACCCAGCAUGCAACCAGAUACUCCAACUGGCUUGAUGAGCUGUAGUAGUCCAAGUGUUCCACUUCUUGCCCGUGUGUAUCUCAGACUUGGAUCCUGGAAAUGGACUCUUUCUUCUGGAUUGGAUGAUGAUUCUAUACAAGAAAUCCUUGCUGCCUUCCGCAAUGCAACUCAAUAUGCCAAUAAAUGGGCAAGGGCAUGGCACACAUGGGCGCUGUUCAAUACAGCAGUGAUGUCUCUUUAUACUGUAAGAGGUUAUGCAAGUGUUGCUUCACAGUUCGUUGUUGCAGCAGUCACUGGAUAUUUUCACUCAAUAGCAUGUUCGGCCAAUACUAAAGGUGUUGAUGAUAGUUUACAGGAUAUUCUUCGUCUUCUUACAUUGUGGUUCAACCAUGGAGCUACUGCAGAAGUCCAAAUGGCACUACAGAAGGGGUUUGCACAUGUUAAUAUUAACACAUGGCUGGUGGUUUUGCCCCAAAUAAUUGCCAGGAUACAUUCUAAUAACCGUGCUGUGAGGGAACUAAUACAGUCACUUUUGGUGCGAAUUGGACAAAGUCAUCCACAGGCUCUUAUGUACCCUCUCCUUGUAGCAUGUAAAUCAAUAAGUAAUUUACGCAGAGCUGCAGCUCAAGAAGUGGUUGACAAAGUUCGGCAGCAUAGUGGUGUGCUUGUGGAUCAGGCACAACUUGUAUCAAAGGAACUAAUCAGGGUGGCAAUACUUUGGCAUGAACUGUGGCAUGAGGCUCUGGAAGAAGCUAGCCGCUUGUAUUUUGGUGAACAUAACAUUGAGGGAAUGCUAAAAGUAUUGGAGCCAUUACAUGAAAUGCUUGAGGAAGGGGCUAUGAACAACAAUACCACUAUAAAAGAGAGAGCAUUCAUUGAGGCCUAUCGUCAUGAAUUGCUGGAGGCCUAUGAGUGUUGCAUGAAAUAUAAGAGAACUGGGAAAGACGCUGAGCUUACUCAGGCUUGGGAUCUUUAUUAUCAUGUAUUUAGACGAAUAGAUAAGCAGCUGCAGAGUCUUACUACUCUGGAUUUGGAGUCUGUCUCACCAGAGUUGUUGGAAUGUCGUAAUUUGGAGCUCGCUGUUCCUGGGACAUACCGUGCUGAAUCUCCAGUUGUAACAAUUGCAUCGUUUGCCCGCCAGCUUGUUGUCAUAACAUCCAAACAGCGACCAAGGAAAUUAACGAUUCAUGGGAGUGAUGGUGAGGAUUAUGCUUUCUUGCUGAAGGGACAUGAAGAUUUACGCCAAGAUGAACGUGUCAUGCAGCUUUUUGGUUUGGUGAAUACACUACUGGAGAAUUCUAGAAAUACUGCGGAAAAAGAUCUCUCCAUUCAACGAUAUGAUGUCGUUCCCUUGUCUCCAAACAGUGGUCUAAUUGGUUGGGUCCCAAACUGUGACACCCUUCACCAACUCAUUAGGGAGUACAGGGAUGCCAGAAAGAUCACUCUGAAUCAAGAACACAAGUAUAUGUUAAGCUUUGCUCCAGAUUAUGAUCAUUUGCCACUCAUAGCUAAAGUGGAAGUAUUUGAGUAUGCCCUGCAACAUACAGAGGGAAACGACCUUGCAAGGGUUCUUUGGCUGAAAAGUCGUACUUCUGAGGUAUGGCUGGAGAGGAGGACAAACUAUACCAGAAGUUUAGCAGUCAUGAGUAUGGUCGGUUACCUUCUUGGAUUAGGUGAUCGCCACCCAAGCAAUCUUAUGCUGCACCGCUAUAGCGGAAAAAUCUUGCACAUCGAUUUUGGGGACUGCUUUGAGGCCUCUAUGAACCGGGAGAAGUUCCCUGAGAAGGUCCCCUUUCGGUUGACUAGAAUGCUUGUGAAAGCAAUGGAGGUCAGUGGUAUAGAAGGCAACUUCCGUUCAACUUGUGAAAAUGUGAUGCAAGUUCUGCGAACAAAUAAAGAGUGUGUUAUGGCUAUGAUGGAGGCCUUUGUUCAUGAUCCUCUCAUCAAUUGGCGUCUCUUCAACUUCAAUGAAGUUCCACAAAUGUCAAUGCUUGGAAAUAGCCAUGUUCCUCCUGUUGUGGAUGCUGAAGAACCUUCUCAAAAUAGAGAGCUUCCCCAACCACAACGAGGUGCUCGUGAAAGGGAACUCCUUCAGGCUGUUAAUCAACUGGGUGAUGCUAAUGAGGUCUUGAAUGAGCGUGCAGUGGUUGUCAUGGCUCGGAUGAGUAAUAAACUUACUGGCCGUGAUUUUUCUGCCUGUUCCUCUGUAGCAUCCAGCUCUAUUCAACAUGUAGUUGACCACAGUACACUGAUUUCUGGAGAUAGUCGAGAAGUUGAUCAUGGUUUAUCUUUUAAGCUGCAAGUUCAAAAGUUGAUUAUCCAAGCAACUUCUCAUGAAAAUUUGUGCCAAAAUUAUGUAGGGUGGUGUCCUUUUUGGUAAGCGCAUCAGUCGACUGUACAUAACGUGUAUAUGUAUAUAUACUUUGUACAUAUUUGUGAGCCACAGCUAGACCUAAGAAGUUUGCUUUUUCAGUUAUUCUUGUAGUAUAUGCACCAACCAAUCUUUACUUUUGUAUAAAGUAGCUGAUAGCCAUAGGCGAAUUAAACCUCUUGUAGUUCUACAAACAGUAUUUGUGUAAAUAAUAACUUUCAUUAUAACUAGAGAAUCUUUUCUAUCCAAGUACCCAAAUGUUUUGAAGUGCAA